AUGAGAAUCGCGAUUGCCGGAGCCGGCGGGCUAGGUUACGUACUUGCCCAACAGAUAUCUCAAGGAGCUCAUGCCCUGUUGGUGCUAUCCACUCGGGAGCAUCCAGAGUAUCAAGAGAACCUGGGAGUCCAGGUGGCCGUGGUGGACUACAGCGACGUCGAGAACCUACGAUACACCCUUCAGGGGGUCGACCUGCUUAUUUCCACUAUCGGAGGCAACGAGCAGCUCAAUUUGAUUGACGGAGCUCGUCGAGCUCGCGUCCGCACUUUCGUUCCAUCCGAGUUUGAAGGAGACCUCGCUCAUCGUCCGGACGGUAACGACACCCUCGACCGAGGAACCAGUAAUGUCUUGGAUCUCCUUCGCCGUUGGGCCCAGUCCAAGACGCACAAGAUGCAAUACACCGUCUUCUCCUGUGGCGUCUUCAUGGAACGCUUUGCCUACGGCGGCCUGGCCAGCUUCAAUAUCGGCCACUCCCAGCCUGGUGGCACUCCGGCCCAAGGUGACUAUCUUGUCGAUAUCGGCUUGGCUUCUGCCGAGAUUGUCGACACCAAUGCAUCGGGGCGCUCUGCACAUGUCUCUAUGACCUCGGUCUAUGAUCUGGCCCGGUUCAUGGCAGCUGCUAUCGAGCUUGGUCUUUCCAACUGGCCACAGGAAUACCGGAUGCGGGGAGAUAACCUUACUCCCCGCGAGAUCGUCCAGGCCUGCAAAGACGUCCGGCGAGUGCCAUUCACCCUCGUCUCCCACCCUUACGGCAACAUUGAGUCGCACCUGAACUACUACGAGCAGGCUGGCGACUACGCCCGAUGGAUGUACUUCCAGAGACUGCAGGCCACAGCUCAAGGGCGGUACAACAUGCGCGACACCAACCUCAACACGGCGGUGAACCGCAGCAGCGCUGUCAAUGUGCAACCCUUGACGUUCCGGCGAUGGCUCGAGCAGAACUGGGGGCCGGCAGAGGAGUAG